CAGAGUGGGCGGAGCCGCCCGCCGGCACCUGCGCGUUAAGAGUGGGCCGCGUCGCCGAGGGGUAGCGAUGCGGGCUCCGGGGAUGAGGUCGCGGCCGGCGGGUCCCGCGCUGUUGCUGCUGCUGCUCUUCCUCGGAGCGGCCGAAUCGGUGCGUCGGGCCCAGCCUCCGCGCCGCUACACCCCAGACUGGCCGAGCCUGGAUUCUCGGCCGCUGCCGGCCUGGUUCGACGAAGCCAAGUUCGGGGUGUUCAUCCACUGGGGCGUGUUCUCGGUGCCCGCCUGGGGCAGCGAGUGGUUCUGGUGGCACUGGCAGGGCGAGGGGCGGCCGCAGUACCAGCGCUUCAUGCGCGACAACUACCCGCCCGGCUUCAGCUACGCCGACUUCGGACCGCAGUUCACUGCGCGCUUCUUCCACCCGGAGGAAUGGGCCGACCUCUUCCAGGCCGCGGGCGCCAAGUAUGUAGUUUUGACGACAAAGCAUCACGAAGGCUUCACAAACUGGCCAAGUCCUGUGUCUUGGAACUGGAACUCCAAAGACGUGGGGCCUCAUCGGGAUUUGGUUGGUGAAUUGGGAACAGCUCUCCGGAAGAGGAACAUCCGCUAUGGACUAUACCACUCACUCUUAGAGUGGUUCCAUCCACUCUAUCUACUUGAUAAGAAAAAUGGCUUCAAAACACAGCAUUUUGUCAGUGCAAAAACAAUGCCAGAGCUGUACGACCUUGUUAACAGCUAUAAACCUGAUCUGAUCUGGUCUGAUGGGGAGUGGGAAUGUCCUGAUACUUACUGGAACUCCACAAAUUUUCUUUCAUGGCUCUACAAUGACAGCCCUGUCAAGGAUGAGGUGGUAGUAAAUGACCGAUGGGGUCAGAACUGUUCCUGUCACCAUGGAGGAUACUAUAACUGUGAAGAUAAAUUCAAGCCACAGAGCUUGCCAGAUCACAAGUGGGAGAUGUGCACCAGCAUUGACAAGUUUUCCUGGGGCUAUCGUCGUGACAUGGCAAUGUCUGAUGUUACAGAAGAAUCUGAAAUCAUUUCGGAACUGGUUCAGACAGUAAGUUUGGGAGGCAACUAUCUUCUGAACAUUGGACCAACUAAAGAUGGACUGAUUGUUCCCAUCUUCCAAGAAAGGCUUCUUGCUGUUGGGAAAUGGCUGAGCAUCAAUGGGGAGGCUAUCUAUGCCUCCAAACCAUGGCGGGUGCAAUGGGCAAAGAACACAACAUCUGUAUGGUAUACCUCAAAGGGAUCGGCUGUUUAUGCCAUUUUUCUGCACUGGCCAGAUAAUGGAGUCUUAAACCUUGAAUCCCCCAUAACUACCUCAACUACAAAGAUAACAAUGCUGGGAAUUCAAGGAGAUCUGAAGUGGUCCACAGAUCCAGAUAAAGGUCUCCUCAUCUCUCUGCCCCAGUUGCCACCCUCUGCUGUCCCCGCAGAGUUUGCUUGGACUAUAAAGCUGACAGGAGUGAAGUAAUCAUUUGAGUGCAAGAAGAAAGAGGCACUGCUCACUGUUUUGCUGCUUCAGUUUUCCUCUUAUAGUACCAUCACUAUAAUCAACGAACUUCUCUUCUCCACCCAGAGAUGGCUUUUCCAACACAUUUUAAUUAAAGGAACUGAGUACAUUACCCUGAUGUCUUAAUGGACCAAAGAUCUGAGAUCCAUUGUGAUUAUAUCUGUAUCAGGUCAGCAGAAAAAGGAACUGAGCAGUUGAACUCUGAGUUCAUCAAUUCUAAUAUUUGGAAAUUAUCUACAAUGGAAUCUUCCCUCUGUUCUCUGAUAACCUACUUGCUUAGUCAAUGCCUUUAAGCCAAGUCACCCUGUUGCCUAUGGGAGGAGGUGGAAGGAUUUGGCAAGCUCAACCACAUGCUAUUUAGUUAGCAUCAGUUGUCACCAACAGUCUUUCUGCAAAGGGCAGGAGAGCUUUGGGGGAAAGGAAAAGGCUUACCAGGCUGCUAUGGUCAACUCUUCAGAAAUUUCCAGAGCAAUCUAAAAGCGCCAAAAUUCGCUAUGUUUACAGUGAUACUAUUAAGAAAAUGAAUGUGAUUCUGCUCUUUUUAAAUAUGAUCAAAUAAAAAAAUUUGUACAUCACAAUCAUUUCUACCAAAAAAACAUGGUAUAGCUUUCUUUUCCUAGAUUCAACUUAUACUGCUUAUAGCUUUAAGAUCAGUUUCUGGUUUGUGUGUGUUUUUUUUUAAUCUUGCAAAAUCUCCUUAACGCUGAACAAAAAAUGUAAUUCCUGUGUUUUUUCUGAUUCUCACUUCUAAUACCAUUCUUCUGAAUUGACUACCAGUUCAGCCUCUUUGUCAGAGAUCUAAUCAAGUUUUCUAUUUAAUUUUUCCUUAAUAGAUAUGUUUAGAAAUCUUGUUUUGUUUUGUUUUGAGGCAGAGUCUUGCUCUGUUGCCCAGGCUGGAGUACAGUGGUGUGAUCUCGGCUCACUGCAACCUUCACCUCCCAGGUUCUUUUUUUUUUUUUUUUUCAUUUUUCUGGAGAACGGGGUCUCACUAUAUUGCCCAGGCAGGUCUUGAACUCCUGGGCUCAAGCUAUCCUCCCGCCUCUUAGCCUCCCUGAGAGCUGGGAUUACAGGCGUGAGCCACCGCGCCCGGCCUCCCAGGUUCAAGUGAUCCUUCCUCCUCAGCCUCCCAAGUAGCUGGGACUAUAGGCAUACCACGAUGCCCAGCUAAUUUUUUUUUUUUUUUGUAGAGACGGGGUUUCACCAUGUUGCCCAGGCUAGUCUCGAACUCCUGGGCUCAAGUGAUCCACCUACCUCACAGCCUUCCAGAGUGCUGGGAUUACAGGUGUGAGCCACCACACCCAGCCAAGUAGAUAUAUUUAGAAAUCUUUAUCCAACAUUUAAGGAAUAUGUGUUUUUCUCAAGCACAUAUGGAACAUUUGCAAAUCUCAAAUACCAAAGAAGCAGCAUCAUAUAAGCUAUUUAGCGUGUCUACAAUAUAAUUAAAGAAUAAUAACAAAAACUUGGAGAAGAAAAAACUGUUUGUAAAAGUUAAAAUACACUAACUCAUUGUGUUACUGAUUCAUAGAUUUAUGGAUUGUGCCAUGAGAUAUAAAGAAUUCCAAAUACGUAGUUCUGGUGAGGCAAAUGAAGCCUGGUUGUGAAAGAAAAAAGUAACACAUUAGUGUAAGUAGAUUAGCACAGCCAAUUUUAAUUAGAUCACUUUCUGCCCAGAGUUAGAGAGCAAGCUGAUGAUAAUAAUAUUGCUUAUAUGGUUCUUCACAGUCUUAAAGCAACUUCAUGCACACUUCCAAAAAAAAAGAAAAGAAAAUACUUGGAAUGAUAGUAACACUAUAUAUUGAACCUUAUAAGAUGUAGCUUUAAAAAUAAAAGUACUUCAGGAAAA